CAUGAGCGAUCCAACACUAGUACAUACAUAGCUUAUUUUUAACAUUUUUCGACGUGAGAUGUGCAUUUUCUAUCAUAGUUUGUGCUUAACCAUGUAAAAUUAAAUUAGACAUUAGUGUAGCAUUAUUAACAGUUAGUGCAAAGUUAACAGAAACUGUUGUACAAGUGUAAAUUGUUAGCUUAAGGAAGUACCCAUAUAUACACAUAUAUACUGGGAAUAUUUAUAAAUUAGACGAGAACCCAAGGCACAGCUAUAUACAAAAGCAGCAGGACGACUAGCAGCUCGCCACGUUCAUCGCAACUUAAAUCGAACGCGUUGAGAAGCCGACUGAAGGCUGCCUUCAAUGGCCGCCGAAAAGGAGAUGCAGGCGCACGACAUGGUGCGACGACGGAGCUGGGCACGUGCUGUGACGCUCUACGAUCAAAUACUCGCGGCGAGUGCAACGCCACAGCCGCAAGCACAGGUGCAGCCAAAUGGGACAACGCGAGCGCAAAAGGAUCAGCAAAUCGCUUGCCUGCUGGGUCGCUGCGAGUGUCUCCUGGAGCUGGGCAGAUACGAGGGCUGCCUGGCGGAUGCAUACAAAGUGCUGACACUGCUUGCGGAGCAGACUGAAUGCUUGGCCAGCGUGUCUCGAGCGCGUCGUUGGCUGGUGCACGCGCUUUUCAAGCUUCACAAGUACUCGGAUGCGGAACAUUUUCUGAGCAAGUGGAUAAACGAGCUGAGCGGCCAGCAAAUUUUCUCGGACAUAUCGAAGACGCUCGAGCGAUACAAGUCCAUAAUACAAAUGAUAAUGAAUGGACACAAUAAGGUGCAAACGCAAUCGCAAAAAAUUCCGCAUGCACGCCUCGAGGAUGAGAUGACAAUACUGGAUACCAAGCUUGAUCAUUGGGCCACCAACAAUCUGCCCCUGGACAAGUACAGCAAGCUGCUCAGCAACAAAGGGCUUAAGAAACGCGAGCAACAACAACAGCAGCAGCAGCAGCAACAACAACAGCAGCAGCAGCAACAGCAACAGCAGCAGAAUAGUAGUGGCAGCUUCAGUAGCAGCAGCAGCAGCACUGGCAGCAGCAGCACUAUGUCCAGCUCCAGCAUGAGUGCCAAGAACAUAGAGCUGCUGUCGGCCAUUAAGCUGACUGGCGUGAAGCAUUCACCAGUAGAACUUGUGCCGGAUGCAGAUCAAGCAGCACACUCAACAUCAACAAUAACGUGCAGUUAUUGUGCCAUCAACUUCCAAACGCGAAACGAGUUGAGGCAACAUUGCCAGACUGAAAGCCACCAGAAAGUGAUAAUGAGCGAUGAGGGUCGCGAUUGGAAGUGGCGUCCUCCACCUCGGGGCUAUACACUGGACACGUACAGUCUCUGCGAGGCGUUCGCGCGGACAUGUCACUACGGAGCACAGUGUGUGGAGGCGCACGGCUUGGACGAGCUAAAUGAGUGGAAGGAGCGCUUCGAGUAUCGGCGAAUGCGUGUGCAAAAGGCUUGUGAAAAGGAAUUGUACGGAAAGUCAUACACGGAACAGGUGCUCGAGCGUUGGAUUCAGGCCACGGCCCCGGAGCGCGUCAUGUGUGAACGAGUGCCGGACGUGGAAGCUAAGUGUGAGCAGCAAUUGGUUACCAGCAUUAGCUCCAAGACUUCGAAGCGCGAGUGGCUCUUCCAGGUGGAAUCAUUGCGGCCUCUCAAAGCGGUUGCCCUGCUACAGGAUGCACAUCGCAAUCAUUUUGCGAUAAAAUCCAUCAAGCUGGCCAAUUCUAAAUCUGAGGCAGAGGCCAAUGUUGAACUAAAGUCUGAUCAGGAAUGGGUGGCUUCUGCAUUGCCUGAAGCGCAGGAAUCUAACGCUACCCCAGCUAAGAUCGCACACGAAAUAACAGUUGAAUUUCACACAGAAAUUUACGGCACGUUCCGGCAAUCCAUCUGUUUCGACGUUGGCCAAGAGCCGCUGCUAGUGCGUCACCUUUGCGUUGAUGUGCUGCCCGUCAGCGAUGCCGAAAAGAUCGAGGAAAUCAAACGCGACAUUAUUAACAGCUCGGCCACACGAUGGGACGUCAGCAACACACAGUUAACGCGCUUUGAGACCACAAUAGGCACGCACCUGAAGACGGAAGCCUAUCUCAGCGACUUGCAGCACGAACGCGAGCUAUUAGAACGAUAUCCGUGUCCGCGUGCUGCCACCUUUACGUUAACACAGUCCACAAUUGUGGAGAAACGACUGACGCAAAACAACUACCGUUCGCGCACACACGAGCUGCUUUACGUUGAAGAGAUUGCCCGCUACGAGCAAAUCGCACGGUAUAACGUGCGUACCCGGCUAACAGUUGCCUCCAAUUAUAUAUUGACACCGGCGGGCAUGGCUACCAGUACGGCCAAGUACUCGUUGGCGGGCGAGCUGUUCGCACUGAUGCGUCUGGGCAAGGACAUUUCAGAGGAUACGUCGCCGGGUCGGCUAAUUCUGUCGAAUUGCAGCAGCGUGUAUAUCUCAGCGCCCGAGGAAACCACAACUAAAACAGAUAAAUCGGACAAAUCAGAUAAAUCCGAGCGCGCUGUGUAUGAGGCGCUUAUCGAGGACAAGGGCAAAAAUGUCAUAUAUCUGAAGCUGUCGUCCAAAUGCGUGGAAGCAAUGGGCCUGCAAGCAGACACAGAGCUGGACGUGGACAUACAGUUCCAGCUGAAUCGCAUGCCCUACUGCGAGUGGCACAAUGCUGUGGACAAGAUAACCGACUUCCGCUUGAUAUUUCCCGCGACCGAGCUGGAGCCGGCUAUACCCUGGACACCCAAAAAGCAAUGGGCUGAUGCUUGCGAGCCCAAGCUAAAUGCGAAGCAGCGCGAGGCUGUCAACGCCAUCACAACGGCUUUAAGUAUUAAGCUGCCACCCAUCCUGCUGAUCGGACCGUUUGGCACGGGCAAAACAUACACGCUGGCGCAGGCAAUUAAACAGCUGCUGGCACAGCCAGAAGCCAAGAUACUCAUCUGCACGCAUUCCAAUUCGGCGGCAGACCUCUAUAUUAAGGAGUACCUGCAUCCGUGGAUCGAAGAGGGUCUCGAGGAAGCGACGCCGCUUCGUGUUUACUAUCACAAACGUUGGUCUGCAACGGUCAACAGUGUGGUUCAAAAAUAUUGCAUCACGGACGGCGUCGGCAACUUCCGACGUCCCAGCGUUGAGGAUAUCAUGCGGCAUCGCAUUAUAGUCGUUACACUGAGCAUUAGCAUGGAGCUGGCCACGCUCGGACUGCCCAAGGGUCUGUUCACUCACAUAUUUUUGGACGAAGCAGCGCAGGCGAUGGAGUGCGAGGCGAUUAUGCCACUGGCUCUGGCCAACGAUUCCACGCGCAUUGUGCUGGCCGGUGACCAUAUGCAGAUGAGUCCCGAGCUCUUCUCCGCCUUUGCAAAGGAGCGCAAAUUGCACAUCUCGCUACUGGAACGACUAUACGACCACUAUCCAUCAAAUUUUCCGUGUAAAAUUUUGCUGUGUGAAAACUAUCGUGCCCAUGAAGCCAUCAUACGCUUCACAUCGGAGCUCUUCUAUGAGCAGAAGCUUGUUGCUUCCGGCAAACAGCCGCGUCAUGAACGCUUUUAUCCGCUCACAUUUUUCACGACGCGCGGUGAGGAUGUACAGGACAAAAACUCGACGGCGUUCUACAACAAUGCUGAGGUCUACGAGGUGGUCGAACGUGUCUCGGAGCUGCGAAAACGCUGGCCCAGUGCCUGGGGCAAGCUAAACGAUACCAGCAUCGGAAUUAUGACACCUUAUGCUGAUCAAGUGUUUCGUAUUCGGUCCGAGCUGCGAAAACGACGCAUGGGCGGCAUCUCCGUGGAGCGCGUUCUCAAUGUGCAGGGCAAGCAGUUUCGUGCUGUAUUCCUGUCCACAGUGCGCACUAGACGCACAUGCUUGCCUCAGGCGAGCGGCCCGGGUGCCGGAGGUGCUGCCGUCGCCACAGCCGAUACAGAUACCGAUUAUGGCUUUCUUAGCAACUCCAAGCUACUAAAUACUGCGAUUACGCGAGCCCAAUCUUUGGUAGCUGUUGUUGGUGAUCCGGUAGCUCUCUGUUCCAUAGGACGUUGCCGCAAGGUCUGGGAGCGCUUCAUCGAGAUAUGCGAUGAGCACAAGUCGCUGUUUGGAUUGACUUGGUCAAACUUGCGCUCCCAGUUGGAUGGCGUCGAGAUGAAGCGUGGCUAUGUUCUAAAUCCGCUAGCUCCCGAGUUUGUUCCUCGUGCCCUACAGCCGGAGGCAUAUUUACACGAGCAGGCAGCCCUGUACCUAAAUGCUCCAGCGCACGUGCCACCCGGCAGUCAGCCACCUCACUAUGCUGCCUCCGCAGGCAUGGGUCCCGGACCGGCUGCGGCGCAUCAGAUGAAUCAAAUGGCUGCAGCAAUGGCCAAUCAGCAGCUCUCACAUAUGUAUUCAACUCAUAUGGCGGCAAUGAUGGCAGCUGCGGUGGCCGCUGGCGGCAAGUCUUCCAACGGACCGUCGCCAGGACCAGGACCGGGACCUGCUGCUCAUAUACGUGGCCAUAUGGGAAUGCGCGGCCCGCCACCUAACGGGCCGCCACCAGGACCGCCACAUCUGCGACAGUCUCAGCCAGGCGGUGGAGGACCUCCGCCGCCACCUUAUGGCCAAUAUACAGCUAUGCAGCACUGGCGGCCACCCGUUGCCCCACAACAGCCACAGCAGCAACAGCAGAAUCCCAAUGCCAGUCUCUGGGGUCCGCCGCCGCAAACAAAUCCCUGGAGCGUCUUACCGCCGAACAAGCAACCGCCACCUCAGCAGUCAAAUGCGCCCGGCCGCGGUCCAGGACCUUUGCCCCCACCCACUCUUCGAGGAGGCAGCGUGCCACCGGCUGCAGGCAACGCGACGACUGCGGCACAAUUACUGCGCAAUCCAAGCGAAUUGGGGUACCUAGCCAAGAAGACGCUUUACAACCACGGCCAGGCACCACCACCGCAACAGCCCCUGCCUCCACAACAUCAUUUAUAUGGCCAGCCACCGAUGCCUCUUCAACGUGGCAGCAGCGUGCCCAACGGCCCGAUGAGCCCAAUGGAGAACGGGCCACCACCAUAUCUGCGUCACAAUGGCGCUGGAUCUGGUUAUAGCAACUACGAUAAGUCCGCGGGUCCGCCUCAGCAGCCCCCUCCUGCCCCCUAUAUGUAUUCGGCCGGAAAACAGCCAUCGCCCAGUGCCUUGCGCUUUCCGUCUGCACAUGAGCUGCUGCCUCCCAAUAUGAGCAUAUACGAAAUGGCAUUCAACUCUAAGGAAGAGCAAUACAAGUGGUACAUUAAGCUGUUGGAGUCUGUGGGUCAAGAGGCAGCCAACAAAUUUGGCGACAUGCUCCGCCAGGUUAUGGCCACACUACAGCAGCAGGGUCACCAGCAACAGCAUCAUCCGCAGGGACACAAGCCACAGCCACCAGCAGUGCAAGGACCACAGAUGCUGUCCAAUCCGCAUGCUGUCAUGGGGCCACAGCCGCAGCGGCCACAGUAUCCGAUAAUGUACCCAACACAGGCGCAGACUCAGACCCAGCAGUCGGUUGAUGCAACGCCGCCGCUAGACAACUUUAAUCAGCAAAUUGAUCUUGUGUUCAAUUCGAUUAUGAAUGGGGCCAAUGACAUUGCACAGCCCAUCUUACGUGACGUGCUUGGCAUGGUGGGCGUAGCAACAGCGCCAGUGGGCACGGGUGGAAUGCCGCUGUCCAAUGGCAUGAUGAAUGGCGGUGAUUUACAACAGCAACAUCAGCAGCAGCAACAACAGCAGCAGCAACAACAACAACAACAACAGCAGCAACAACAACAGCAACAACAACAUCAGCAGCAACAACAACAACAGCAGCAGCAACAACAACAACAACAGAGUCGCCUCUUUACAAUGAUGCAGAACCAGCAGCCACAACAAACACCCUUGGCUAUGCCCAAACAUGGCCCCAACCCUGGACCCUUGCAGCCGCUAAAUAUGUAUCCUAACCACAUGACAGGUCCGGUACCGGGAACAGCUGUCCAUCCGGCUACAAGCAGCAACAACGCUGGCGUUCCCAACUUCAUGAACAAUACCGGAAACCCCUUGCUUAACGACAAGUCGUACAACAACUUCAAUAGCCACAACAAUGCGGGACACAACAGCAAUGGCCUUCACAAUAGUGGCAGCUCAGUGCCGCUCUAUCGUCGCCAGCCAAUGACCGGCAACGGGGGCAACAACUACAACAAUAUGCCGGGGCUUUUUGCCGGCUUGGACACUGGCACCAAUCUUAUUGAGGCCUUGUUCCAAGCUAAUAAUGUGGUCGCCGAGCACUCGAGCAAGUCCGAUCAUGGACACGGCCUGCUCUACAACAACUACAACACACUUAAGAGCGGACAUGAUUUAGACUUGUUUGCAGCGGUGCCACCGCAGACUGCCCAGGCCUCUGCCGACACCGCCAAUCAUCAGCAGUCCUCAGCUACUACAUAUGCGGCUGUGCUCAGCCAAGGACCGCAGGCAGCCGCAGGACAUCAGCAGCAGCAGCCCGCAAUGAAUUCAGCACGGCCCUUGCAUGCAUCGAAAUCCUCCCAGCCACCCAAUGACCUGGAAAAGGAUCCCUUUGCGGCCAUACGAGAACUGGGGCAAGCAACUUCAGGCUUUUACAAUUACUUUCAGUGAGCAACUGGCGUCGUUGAGUGCGCCGGCAAACGCCACCGCCUGCUGCACGUGGCAUCAACGUCUUAAAUAAAGACUUUAGAGUCUUAACAGAAAACGAAAAAAAAAAAAAAACGAAAAUAAAAGAAAAAAAAAAAACAAAAAAAAAAAUGUAAAAUUAGAAAAACUCAAAAACAGAUAAUGAAUUGCUUGUUAAUUUUAGCUCUCCCGUUUGCUUUUUUAAUCGCAAUUAAUUUAAAUAUGUAGAUUUAAUUAUUAUUACAAUUAUUAUAUAUUAUAUGCAUAUGUUUAGUAGUUACAAAUGCCGCAGCAGGCCGUUCCGCCCCACGCACGCCCUUGGCGCUGUCAUUUCGCAUGUAGCAGGGUAGCUCUGAGCACCCAGCCCUUGAAACUAAAUAAAAAAAAAAUAUCUUUAAAAAUAAAAAAAAAAAACAAAAACAAAAAAAAAUUAAAAAAAAGAAAGAAAAUUAGCUAGUUCUUAAGGCAAUUCAAGAAAGUUUGUAUUUUAUAAUCAUUCUAUUAGUCGUAGAUCAUAUGCUACGAGAAUGUUCGGUUUGGCCUUAGUGCGCUUGAGUUAUAAAUACAUACAUUAAUUGUACCUUGAGUUUUGUACAGCAGUUGACCAUUCGAAAAACUAGAAACUGAAAAUUUAUCAUGUACUCAAAUACAUUAUUAAUUACCUUUA